AUGGAAAACACAAGGCGCAAGAGACACAACGUUUCCCCCCUUCUCCCUCCCGCCACCCGCUCCCCGCUCCAGCUCCAACUCAUCCCGCAGAAGUCGCUGCACCAGCAGCAGCAUCUGUGCAGUGGCCAUAUAUUACUGCUGCUGGCGAGCAUUCCUUACAGCUUCCUGCUCACGAAGCUUGAUGACGAUGAGGACCCGCCACCAGUGGCAUCCCCACCCACGGGAAGUACUCCUGCCCAGAAUGUGCCCAGCUGCCCAGCCAACUGCACCUGCCCAGCAGAGGAGACAGUGGAUUGCGGCGGCCUUGACCUGCACGUUUUCCCCAGCAAUAUCUCUGCAGGCAUCCAGCAUCUUUCACUGCAGAAUAACCAACUGCAGGAGCUGCCCUACAAUGAGCUGUCUCGAUUGGCUGGCCUGAGAACCCUCAAUCUCCAUAACAACCGCAUCAACUCUGAAGGUCUCCCAGAUGAAGCCUUCGAGUCCCUGCAGUCGCUUCAAUACAUCUACUUGGCCAACAACAAGCUCUCGGUGGCGCCACAAUUCCUACCCAGCACGCUGCUUAUCGUAGACCUUGCCGCCAACCGCCUGACAUGCAUCUACCCACUCACCUUUGGGCAUAAGCCUGGCCUCAGGUCUGUUUAUAUGCACAACAACCAGUUGAACAACACCGGCCUGCCCUUCAAUGCCUUCAAUGGCUCUGAUGCUGUCAGCACCCUGAUCCUUUCUAGUAACUGGCUUACCUAUGUGCCCCAGAAUCUGCCCCGGGCCACUGUGCGCCUCCAUUUACAGAAUAACCACAUCUCCCGUGUCCCUAAAGGGGCCUUGAGCAGCCAGUGGCGCCUCCGGGAGCUCUACCUGCAGAACAAUAACCUGUCCAAUGAUGGCCUUGAUCCCUCCACCUUCAGCAGGCUGAAGAGUCUGGAGUACCUGGACCUUUCCAACAAUAACCUGACGCAGGUGCCCGAGGGCCUCCCCACAAACAUUGUAAUCUUACACCUGGGCCGGAACCACCUGAGCACCUUGCCGCCUGAGCGGCUGAGCCGCGUGCGGGGCCUGCAGUACCUGCUGCUGCAGAGUAACGCCUUGACUGCCUCCGGGGUGCACCCGGAGGCCUUCGCCCGCCUGCGCGCCCUGCACACGCUCCACCUCUUCAACAACCGGCUGGAGCGGGUCCCGCCUGGGCUCCCGCGGCGCGUCUGCUCCCUGAUGCUGCUGCACAACCAGAUUGCCCACGUUGGGCAGCACGACUUCGCGGCCACCUACGCCUUGGCUGAGCUCAACCUGAGCUACAACCGGCUGUACAGUGCCCACGUUCACCGCCUGGCCUUCCGCAAACUCCGGCGCCUGGAGAGCCUGGACAUGUCUGGCAACCAUCUCACCUUCUUGCCUGCCGGGCUGCCCGCCAGCCUCCAGAUCCUCCAUCUGCAGAAGAACCAGCUCAACUCCCUUUCUCCAGAGCUGCUGGCCAACCUCACCGGGCUCAAGGAGCUGCACCUGGCACACAACCGCCUGCGGAUUAGCAGCAUCUCCCCAGGCACUUGGCAAGAGCUGCACAGCCUCAAGCUCCUGGAUCUGAGCUACAAUGAGCUGUCCUACAUUCCACCAGAUCUGCCAGAAUCCCUAGAAUGUCUAUACCUGCAACACAACAGGAUUGCUGUCAUUAUGGCUGAGGCCUUCCUCACAACACCCAACAUGCGGGUCAUCACUCUCAGGUCCAACCGUUUAUUGGCAGCCAACGUGUCUGAAGUAGCGUUUGCAGACCUGAAACUGCUGGAGGUAGUAGACACCACUGGGAACCCAGAGCCCAUCAGCAUCCCUCUGCUGCAAGCUGGACGCUGGGUCCGCACUCAGAUGGGCACCUAGGGAGGCAGCCCAGAGCAGAUCACAGCCCAGGCUCCCUUUGCACCUCACUGCUUCUUUAGGCCUCUCAGCCAAGAGAGCCUGAGCCUGCCUGCUGGAGGGAUUUG